AUGGAUACUGGAUUCAAUCAAAAAAAGAAAAGCAAAGAGACAGCGGCGCACGAGGAGAAGCUUCCACGGGAAUUGAUUGAAGAGAUACUCUCUCGUGUUCCACCUAAAUCUCUCGUUCGCUUCAGAACCGUAUCAAAACCAUGGAACGCUCUCUUCGACGACAAGACGUUCAUCAACAACCACCAGUCGACGUUUCGAUUCAUCUUGAAGACCAAAUCCAAGAUUUAUUCGGUAAGCAUCGAUCCCAAGAUAAUGGUGCGUGAGUUGACCUUGAAUAUUCCCGGUUUAGAAUAUCAGAUACCUAAGGAUUUGGUUGAAUGCGGUGAGUUCUUGCUAUGUAGCAUGGACAAAGCCAAAGGAGCCGCGGUUUGGAACCCGUGGUUGAAUCAGACUAGCUGGAUCAAGACCGAUGCUAGCCACCCUAGAAUUCAAUUAGAUGGCAUAGGUUAUGAUAGUAAUAAGAGAGUUGAAGAACGUUUUUACAAGACCCUUUGGUAUAACCAGGACGAAGUAGACGACCCUAACGUCUGGAGAGUCUAUGACUUUGCCUCGGAUGCUUGGAAAAACAUCCACUCUAGAUCUCAAGGUCGUGAUCAGGGGAAAAAAGGCCCUAUGUCACAUUCCCCAAGUGGUGUAUCGUUGAAUGGAACUUUGUUUCGGAUUGUUUUUUAUGAAAACGUUGAUGAUCCCUUGUACUACCUAAUGAAGUUCGAUUUUUUGAGGGAAGGGUUCUUCAGAUUCUGUGAUCUACCAUGUGGGAGGAACCAUCUCCGCGAUGCUCUUGUCCUUAGGGUGUUUAAGGGAGAUGGGUUUUCGUUGUUAAAGCAGUGCUACGAGACAAAGAAGAUUGAGGUUUGGGUGACCAAAGACAAGGUUAACGUUACGAAUGGUGAUGAUGUGGUUUGGAUGAAGUUUAUGACUGUGUCUGUUCCUGAGGUUCCAGGUUUAGUUCAGAACAAGACUUACACUGACCCAAGUUACUUCAUUGACGAUAAAAGGCUUGUCGUGUGCUUUUGCGAUGAAAAUCGCAAGGCUUGGAUCUAUGUUUUGGGGGAAAACAAGCUGAUCAGCAAAGUCCAAAUAGAUUCUGCGCUCUGUCAUCGUCCUUUGCAGCAUUGCACUUAUUUUCCAAGUUUGGUUCCGGUUCCUCGAGGUCAAAGAGAAGAUGCAGAAUUACAAGUUUGA